AUGUCACGUUCGACAAGUCAUCGGUUCGGACACGAGCAGGAAUUGCAGCGCAGUUUCCGUGAGCCUGUGUCCAUUUGGAAAAAAGAAUGGGUCGUCCCAUCGGCUAUCGAGCGCCCAGUUGCACCGGGCCAGAGCAUGACAGAACGCCUUGGUCCGGAUGCUGAGGCCAUGCGAUCGUCGUCGCCAUUCCGCAUUCUCAAAUGGGUGCGAACAGAGCAAGUCGCUCAAUUUGAGACGGAAGAAUCUACACCACACCCAGAACAUACAUCAAAUGCAGAGAAUUUAAAAGCAGCUGAAGAGGCGGUACCUGAAGUGUCUUCUUAA